AUUCGGCGGCUUCUGAUUUGAUCACCUCCGGGAGGGAUGUUGAGCGGUCUGCGCCCUAGCGCCGGUUUAAACGGUAAACUAGCUCCUUCGCGUCGCCGUAACGUAGGCCGGCGUUAAAUAAUCUUGUGGCGGAGAGCGAGCUGCAGGCUGCCGGUUGUUAAGAGCCACUUCCCUGCGGCCCAUGGCCGAAGGGGAAGCCGCCCCGGUAGCGGGGCCUGCCGCGGCGCCUAGCCAAGGGAACGAGAAAAGGGGAGAAGCGGGUGACGCCGGCGUGGACUGGGUGGAGAAGUUGCGCGAAGAGUGUGAGCCCGAGCAGCACUGGCAGUACCGGCGGGAGUUCUUAAUUCGCAAUGCGGAGAGCCUCUCCUUGUCCGUAAGCCGAGAAGACGACGCCGACAACACGGAGCUGCGGCGCCUCGUCUCUUUCUCCAUGGUGUGGGCCAAUCACGUCUUCCUGGGGUGUCGAUAUUCUCCACAAGUGAUGGAAAAGGUGAUGGACAUGGCUGUAGGCAUUACAGUGACCAAUGCUCCAACCCACACUCUGAGAGAUGAACUGGUUGCCAAGGUGAAACGAGGCAUAUCCAGUAGCAAUGAACGUCCUUGCAAGAAGCGGGCUGCUGGUGCUGACAAACCUUUUGAAGUUAGUAAUGAAAAAUCUACAAAGGCAGAGCUGUCUGUGGAAACAGAUACUGAACCUUUAAAGAAUCCAGGAAAAGAUGUACCAAAACCCCCAGAGAAGUCUCAGCGUUUGCCUACGGCAGCUUCAGCCUUGACCCAAAAGGUAGAGCCUACAACAGCUGCAACCUUAUCUCAAAAGGCAGAGUCUGCUUCAGCUUCAAUAUUGACUCCGAAAGUAGAGCCUGCAGCUGCUUCAACCAUGACCCAGAAGAUAGUUCCUGCAGCUUCUUUAAGUGGAGCAAAAAUAGAAGGCAGAGCUGCUAAUUAUGAAUCUACAACAACUAAUAAGCACAAAUCCGAAAAUGUCUUACCAGCUGAAAAGAAAGCUGGCUUGGAAAGUACUGCAGUGUUAGCUUCAAAAAGUAGUUCACACCCAAGUGUAGGUCCUACUAAAGUGCCAUGCAAAUUAUUGACAAAUGAAGAUGCAAAAGAAAGGCAACCAUUUUUCAAUAGACUAUACAAAGCUGUUGCUUGGAAAUUAGUUGCUGUUGGAGGAUUUAGUCCUAGUGUCAACCAUGUAGAACUCUUAAACUCAUCCAUUCAGUCUGUAAAGGCAACAUUAGAUGUUGAAUUUGUUCCACUGAAAGAGCUUGCAGAUUUACCUCAGAAUAAAAGCUCUCAGGAAAGUGUGGUUUGUGAACUGAGAUGCAAAUCUGUAUAUUUGGGUACUGGCUGUGGGAAAAGUAAAGAAAAUGCCAAAGCAGUUGCUUCAAGGGAAGCACUGAAACUAUUUCUCAAGAAAAAAGUUAUUGUGAAAUUAUGUAAAAGGAAGUACAAAGGAAGAGAAAUUGAAGAUUUGGUGCUUCUUGAUGAAGAAUCAAAACCAUUAAAUUUACCUCCUGCUCUACGAAAUCCUCAAGAAAUACUGCAUAGCAGUGAAGCUGUCACUGCCUAUACUAGCAAAUGAUGUUUUAUCACAAUUAACUGAGUUAUCUUUGUACAGUAAAUGAGAGUCCCAGAUAUUUUGUAUUUCUCAGUUCUCAGUUUUGCAGAACAAAUACCAUUACUGUUCUUUUCACUCAGUAGUAAAUGUAAAUAAUUCUUUAUAGAUGUAAAGUGUGCAGAGGUAUGCCUUAAAAUUUAGCACACUAGUGUGCUGUUUUAUUUGCUAAAUAGUCUACUGAACUCUUAUAUUUUUUAACUAAAUAAUUAAGGUACAGUUUGCUGGUCAAUGCAGUCUCAUUUUGUAACUCCUACAAUUUGGUAGCAGUAAUGCUCAUUUUUGAACCCUGAUCCUUUAUAAGCCGUUAAUAAGUAUGUAGACAACAACCAUUGUACCUAGAUGGUAAAAAGUUAUCUAAAAAAUGGAAACAUUUAAUCAUCUGCUUCAUAUGUUACUCAUACUAUUCACAUGCCUGUUUAAAAAGCAAACUAUUGAUUUGGAUUAUUUUAAUUAAGUAGUGAUAUUUAAAUUUUAAUUCAAAGAAGUAGAUGCUGGUCCUUUUUUAAUAUCAUACUUACACAUUGUCAGUAAAAAUCUCCAAAUUACUUACUUUACUAAAACUUAUCUAAGCAGAUUUAAUAUCCAAAUUUGUGAAAAAUCUCACAUUUUUUCAAAUAAAUACAGCUUUCUAUACUAAGCAUAUUUUUAUGUCUAAUAAUUUUGGGGGAAAUUCCUACAUUUUAUGUAAUGUACUGUUUUGACUGAGCACUUUUAAUGAUCACAGCCUUUUUUUUAACUUUGGUAUUUGCUUUUAAAAACUUAAAUCUUGUGUAAAUUAACAACUUCUGCAACAAAUAUGAGGUGCUAGUUUUAUUAAAACAUCUGCACUGCAUUCUAAUGUUAUGAUGUCUGUGUAUUUUCAAAUAUGCUGUCUAGAUUUUAACAGAGAAAACUUGAUGCACUAAUUUACUGCGCAAGGGUAAAUACUCUGCAGUGCUUUUUGUUCUCAUGGUUUCACAUGCCUGGCAUUAGUGCUUUUUUCUAAAGCAGAGUUGUAUAGUGUUUUCUCUCUGCAAUGAUGGCUUAUUCUCAAUUCACUGGAACUGGAGUCAUUACAUUUCAGGCACAUCUCCAUAAGUUGAAAUGAAAUACCCCUUCAUUGUGCAACAGCCAUUGACAAAUAGAGCAAUCUUACUGACCGAGGCUGUGAUUCAGUAAUUCCCAAGCACUUAACAGAGCUUAUUAUUUUGUCGCCUGAUCCAGUUAGUAGCUGUUGAUAUAAUUUGACAUGUUUUAAAAGCAGUUCGCACUAAGAGAAUUGGUUUUAGGAAUGUAUUUUGCAAUGGUUGGGGGUCCUCUGUAUGAUCCAUGCUACAGUUCUUUUAAUUCAGUUUAAAGUUCAGUACUUUAUUCAAAUUAUGAAUUGAAUCCUGGUUUCCCUGAGUUUUAGUCAUUGCUUUGCUGAUUUUCAAGGAUUUAGUUUAAGUAAAAGAGUUUCCCAACCAUGGCAACUUCCAGAUUUGUGGACUUCAACUCCCAGAAAUCUUAGCAAUGGCUAUGCUGGCAGAGGAAUUCUGGGGUUUGAAGUCCACAAAUCUGGAAGUUGCCAGGGUUUGGAAACAACAAUCUAAAUUCAACGUAAUAUUUUUAAAGCACCCCUUUUGCCAGUGUAUUCUAUUUGGUUUUAAUGAAUUUGUGUUGGGAAGUUCUGAAUGAUCCAUGACUAUAUUUUGACAAGAACAAAUAAGUCUUCCAUCAGUAGCUUUCCCUAACUUUGAGAUUUUUCUUAAUGUAAUCAAUAUUCUAAAGCAAUAGUUAGCCAUUGCUGAUUUGAACAUCAGGACCAGGCUAUAAAUGUUCACAAAAAUAGUAUAUCAUCAUUUCAUGUUUUAAAUGAAACACAAAUAGAAAUUACAGUAAAGUAUUGCUUGGUGCUGCUGAAAUAAUGCAGUUCAUCUGACAUUUAGAAACAAAUUGGUUUGCUCCUACAUAUAUCCCCUUUGCCCCUGGAAACCAGGGAUUUUCCAGAGAAUUUGCGGUGGGGGGGAAGGGGUCUGAAGUAGUAAAAAUGAGAGGGAAGAUGGGAGCUGCUAGUGAAAGAAAGGAAUGGGAUAGUGUUCUUCUCAAAGUGUUAAGACUGAAGUGUUAAGAUUCCAUUUUAGCAAUUCCUUGUUCCCAGCAACCUUUCUGGACUCUUCCACAUUGUUCAGAAGUGUUUGUGAUCCUCUGGAGAGGUUUAGAGGGAAUCCUGGAAGGAAGAUAGGAAAUUCCAUCAAUGAACUUUGUUAACUUCAUAAUCCAAAGCAGUAUUCGUAUUUUUAUAGUCUAUUCAAAUAAAAUUAAAAUGAGUAUCAUGUGUAGGAAUGAUAGAUAAGAAAUAAUGUGAUAGUGAAUUGUUUUUUUAAAGUUGCAUCUGUGUAAGAAUAUUACUUUAAAU